AAGCGAGCGUAAUUUAGAGAUUUUGUUCUAUGUGUUUAAAAUUAAAUUAUUUAAGGCUUUAUUCUAUAAACAUUAUAAAUUCUGUAGAAAUUACAAUUUGUUUAAGUAGAAAUAUUAGAGUUAUAAUUAAUUUAACGACAAGAAAGGGCCAAUAAGAGCGUGUAUCAUAAUUAUUCUAAACUCUGUGAGUGAACUCUUUCCAGAAAAAAGCGAUCUUGUGUUAACAUUUUUUUUAUAACUGCAUAUAAUGUCUUCCUCCGAUAUCGACUUCAUAAGUGGAUCGACACAGCGUUCAGAAGACAAAACCGAGCAAGAUCUCAGCCUCUGCUACGCAUAUCCGGUGAUCAAUAACGACCUGGAGACGAGCAGCGUGCUCGUGAAAAGCAAAAGAGUUUCGCGCGUGUCGAACAAUAAAGAUUCAUCGGCCGAGGAUGGAUUAUACGUGUCCGAGAAUCCUCUCACCGAUAAACUGGUGAAACCUUAUCCGCUCGACAGCGUGAAGCCGUUAGAUUAUGAAUCGCGAUCGCAAUUUCGCGGAAAGCUCGUGGAGAUCGCGAUACGCGAUGUUCGCAUUCACGCGCCGCAGGCGGAUCAAUCGAACGAUCGAUCCGAGCCGACGAUCGAGAUUACCGCGGUGUCUAUUUUGUUCGAGAGAAAGACGAUAUGCCGAGUGAACGGGCCGUUCAACAGAAAACUGUACAGAUUGUUGAUCAGAAAUACGGAACGGCACGAUCUCUCGAUACAGGUGCACGCGCGACACGGUGCGUCCAGCGUGCUGCCGUUACCGUUGCCACGGCGUUGCGUGAAGGAUCACAAGAUCGAGAUAGACUUCGCGAUCGGCAAGAACUCGGGUAAGCUAUACGCCGGGACCGUCGUCUGCACCGUCUCUCUGUCGACGUACGGCGCCAGCGAGCGCGAGGAAGAGAGCGGCGCGUGCUUUUACAGACCGAGCAACGAUCCGAACGAUCCGCAGAACAGCCUCUCCCUUCUGAGACCCGCGAAGCGUCCCGCCGCGAAGGACGUCAAGUACUUUCUGCUGCAGGACCCGGCCUUGAUCUUCGACGUGGACAUCAGCGCGAUUCGCAGACCGCCUUCGUGCGAAUCGAAAUCGCCGGACAUCGUCGUGACCGAGCAGCCCGCGUUCUCCCUGCUGAACGUGUCCUUCCGGAAUCUAUUCCAGGCCAAUCGACCGCUCAGACCAUCGUCGUCCGGCGGUCGUAGACGUCACACCGCCGGGAAGACAGUUCUCAGCGUCACCGUUCUGAGGGGGGUAGAGGUGCCGGUGAGGGAGGAAUCGGCGCUGAUCUCCCCCCUUUUGGAAGUGGAAUGGGGCAAUGUCGUACACACGACUUCGGUGGCGGACGGGCCGGCGCCCGUCUGGCAGCAGACCAUGCAUUUCGAAUUGCCGAGACAGAACGGCGAGCAUUGCGUCAAGUUCCGUCUGUACGAUCAGCAUCCCGUCUGGGGUCAGCAGUGGCUGGGCGAGGCGAGGAUCCCGCUCGAGCGUCACAGGAACUAUCAGGAACUCGAACGAUGGAUCGCGCUGUCGCCCCUGUUCAGUCCGGCGCUACUCUUCGGCUACGUGCAAGCGAGCCCCGGCCAGUCGCACACCAGGAUCUACGUGCUAAUGAGAAUGGAACAGCCGGGCAACGCGAAAUCCGUGGAAACCAGCGCGAUCGAUACUUUGUCGAAGGGGAUCCAGCGUUGUUUAGCGACUCCUUAUAAAAUAAUCGGCGUCGACACUCCCGACGACGCUGCACGUCUCACCAUGCUGUUAUCGUCGUUGCCCGUGCAUUACGGCCCGGUUGCGCCCCGUCAGGCUUUGAAUGUGAACAAAGUAGAUCACUACGGCAGAGGGGCUCUGCUGGCGACGUUACUGCAAGGUUUCGGCUUGCAGUCGUAUGUAUUGUUAGGUUCCUCGCAGAUUAGUAGAUGGACCGCGUUUGUCUUGAGCAUCGAAGGGGACGAUAUUGUCUUGUGGGAUCCCGAGAUCGGAGAUCAUUAUAAAUUAAGCGACAGCCGUUGUUCCUUGAUGAAAGUGUAUCGCUUAAUCAAUCAUGCUGGCAUAUGGGAAAACAUGCAAAAGUCCAUUUUGCCUAACAUUCUGAAAUAUAACGUGUCGAUUAGCAAAGAGUGGCGGCCGCUCGUGACUGUUGCCACAUCGAGUAACAACCGGUCCGUUCAGACGUUGGAAUUAACUGCCGCGACCGAGGAAGACGCGCAAGAGAAGGAAAACGCGUCACAGAUGGAGCAAUAUUUACGGGACAAGUUGUCCGGCUGGCGCAGCGCUCUCGGUUUAACGACGAUAUUCAAUCGUCACGCGGUCAGCGUUUUGCGCGGCUUCGUGUCCGACAUUCCGAACGAUGUGACACGUCAUUUGGACAAACGAGACCUGAAACAAUUGUACAGAGCUUAUCACACGCACGGUUUCCUCUUGAAUCUGCGUCAGACCGCCUUUGACGAAUUGGCAGAGCAAAUAGCCGCCACGAAAGUUCAUAACAUUACGGGGCCCAUCGAAUUCGCUCUCGUUUGCCAUGUGCAACGAUAUGUUGGCAAGACAAGGUCGAUAUGGUUAGCAUUAGCAAUAUUGCGAAGUCGCGGUUAACACCGCCACUUUCUUUUAUCGAUGUACAAUUUUUAAAGAGAGCGAAGCCAUUUUUUAUUCCGAUAUUUUAAAAUGUCUUCGAAACCGCCACUCCGCCGUAAAAGUUGAAAUGAAAAUGCCUUUGCCAAAAUUUAGUGCCAUUUAGAUUAAUGAAUUAUAAAAACCUGGAAAUAUUACUAUAAAUAAAUGCUGGAUUAAUAAAUAAAGAGGGAAACAAUCGAUAGAAUUAAACAUGUAUUUCAUUCACUCGUAUAUCGAAAGCUAUCUAAUCGUUUCUCAAUGUUUCCAUAUAACUGCCUAUUAUUACAUCAUGAAGGAUUAUGAUGCUUAUUCGCAUUGUGUGCUAUUUGCAACGCGUGCUUAUCGCAAUGUUUCUAAUUUGUGUAUGAUAUUGAUCGCUUUUAAGCUAGCGGGAGUUCCAUUAUCUGCAAAAUAUAUAGCAAAUAACAACUAUAAAGAAAUAUUUUAUAACGUUAAAUGAU